GUCUGGCUCGUUUGUAGAUGUUGAUGCGCUUGUUGAAUUUCUCGGUGUUUUUGUUAUUGUUAAAAUCUUACAUUGUUAGUGUUUUUGUUAAGUUUCUUGUUAUUUUCUUUGUUAAAACUGUUUUCUUGUUAUUUGUUAAACUUUGUUUUGGUCACUUUCGUAAUCAUGAGUGGAGUUCAGAAGAAAUAUUGCAUAUUUGGCUGUGAUAGCUUAGCUAUCCAUAAUGUACCUUUCCAUCGAUUUCCAAAUCCCGAUAAGCGCCCCGAAUUAUUUACUGCUUGGGUGUCUGCAGUUAGUGUGAAUAUUGGUGAAAACAAUCCUCAAAAAAUUUAUAAGAACAAGAGAAUAUGUGAUCAUCAUUUUGAGACGAAGUUUAAAACUACUGGAGGACGUCUCGUUUGGUCAGCUGUACCGACAAUUUUCGAUCGUGUGAAACUAUCUAUAAAUAUUGUAGUGGAUAUUGAACAUAACUACUGUCAUUCUAGAAGGGAAUCUUCACAUGCUACACUUUUGUCCGAUGUGACUAACAUACAAAAUGAUCUCAAUAAAACUGGUCCAUCUACAUCAAGUGUAAUAUGUCAUCCUCACGUUUCACAAUCCAAAUUUGAUUCAGAAAUUUUAAAUGAAGAAUUAUACAAACAGCUCUCAUUACCGUAUGAAAUAUUAUCUUUGAGACAAUUUCAGAAAAAGGUAAAUAGGGAAUUAACUCCAACAGAGACUUACAGUAGACUUUGGACUGAGUGCCUAGCACGUGCACCUCCAGCACACUAUCGAAGCAACAAGCAGCAGCUGAAGGAGCCGCCUGGAGAGAUCAGUUCCAGUUCAGACAGUAUCAAAUAA